AUGGGGAAUGUGAGCAGCAAAGUUGAUGACCCCGCCGUCCUCUAUCUCAAAGAUCAAACAAAGUUGACAAUAUCCUCCUUGAAAAUCACCAACCAACGCGGCAACAUUGUUCUCCAUGUCAACCCUAAUUCCUUCCCCGCAACUCGCGUUACAGCAAGGAGAGACGCGGGCGAUGAUGCGCCAGUGGAUUUUGUUCUUGACCCAGAUUCUUUGCCUACUAGCCCGCCUUCCUUUCUGCUACGAUUGACAAAUGAGGAUGAGUUGACAUUCCGAUUCACAUUUAUUAUUCGGCAAACUCAGAUGGCGCCAUCCACAACUGCUACAAUCAACGGCGUAGCGAGUACUCUGCCCGAAGCCUUUGACACAACACUCAAAGGUGUCACAUUUGCUCAUGCAUCAAACUCGAAGGAAUUGGAUAACUUAAUUACGCGAGAAUUCCACGCAAAUCCUAAUUUACAGAAUAAUUCGAAUGUUCGGCAUGUUGGUACCUUCUCUACAGAUGGUAGCCCUUCGGUGCAGUUUGAUUGGUCUUGGACAUGGAAACCUCCGAAACGUGCGGAGGACCGAGGUGGCGGGUGGAGAAACUGUUGCAGUUUUUUAGACUAUGACCAAAGAACCAACCGGCUGAAUACACUUGCUACAUUUACUUUCUGGGUUCAGAAUGUUGCUCGGCCUCUAUCUAGCCCGGUGAUGUUGUCCCCCAAGUUUGAGCUGGCUGUACCCCCGCGCAAUCGCAAUGUCUCCGCUCAGUCUGCCAUCUCACGAGCAAGUGAGUUGGAAUACGACUUAAACGCGCCUCCGUCUCCGGUUGACCCUGCGGAUCCAUUUCCCAACAGUUUACCGCCCUUUCCUGUUAAGCUGGAUAUCUGCCAGCGCCCAGGAGAGGAUAUGAGUGCAGUUGAGGAUGGGCCACUUUUUCGUGCAACAAUGAAAACGCUUGAGCAAAAGACAGGCAAUAUGCGAAUCAAGAUAAAGAAGCUUUUGAAAAAGGCGGAAUCUGCCCAUCAACGACAUUCUGCGUAUAUUGAAGCUAUGAGCGCUUUUAUCACAGCUCUAAACGAGGCUUCCACAUCCAACGCCAACGCGAUCCAGCCGGCUAUUGAGCAUUAUUUCGAUAAAAUUGCCAAAGAAAUUCUCAUGUGGGAGCAGAACAAUUUAAUGAAUCUCCAGAAGCUUAUCAUAGACCCGCUAACGAGACUGUAUAACAAUGAUAUCAAACAAGCUGAAGCGAAGAAGAAGGACUUCGACGAAGAAAGCCGGGAUUAUUAUGCUUAUGUCGGUCGCUAUCUAGGACAGCGUCAGGACUCACUCAAGGAGAAGAAACGAGCUGAGAGUGAUUCAAAAUACCAAACGAAAAGAAGAAAUUUUGAGUUGAAGCGUUUCGACUAUUCUUCCUUUAUGCAGGAUCUUCAUGGAGGCCGAAAAGAGCAGGAGGUUUUGUCGCAACUGACAAAGUAUGCGGACAGCCAGGCACAAAGCUACCUCUCUACGGCGAAGAAAGUGGAAGAAAUGGUCCCCGAGCUAGAAGCUUUGAAACACGAAGUGUUUGAAACCGACAAAGAAUAUCAAUUUCAGCGGACGGAACGUGAAGAAAAGAGAAGAGCGCUUGAACAAAGUACUAAAAAGUACAUUGAGCCCGAAGGCGUUCAUACCAGUGGUGUUCCGCCUGCCACACCAAAUGCGGGGCCUUGUACCUCUGAUUCGGACCUUGGUCGCGCAGACAGUAAUAGUUCCCAAGCGAAAGGGGUCGCCGGCGGCCGCCCCUCAUUCUCUUCAACUUCUAACCCCGGGACAGCUGCAUUGAGUUCUCUCAGUCCUUCGGGGCAGAAUCGGUUUAAAGGAAUUCGCGAUUUGGAAGAACGCGGCCAUUCUAAUAGUACUAUUGUGGACAAAACGAACGUGCAGCAAAAGAAGGAAGGUUUGUUGUGGGCGUUGUCGCGUCCUGGUUCUCAUAUUGACCCUAAAGGCAUUAAUAAACAGGCUUGGCAUAAAUUUUGGAUCGUCUUAGACCAGGGAAAGCUUUCAGAGUACAGUAAUUGGAAACAGAAAUUGGAUUUACACAUGGAGCCCAUAGAUUUACGGAUGGCGUCUGUUCGAGAGGCUAGAAAUGCAGAGCGGCGGUUCUGUUUUGAAGUCAUUACUCCGCAAUUCAAGCGCAUUUACCAAGCUACAUCAGAAGAGGAUAUGGGGAACUGGAUUACAGCUAUCAAUAAUGCUUUGCAGAGUGCUGUUGAGUCUGGUCGAGGAAUUCCUCCUCCUUCUACAGCCGACGGUUCGAGUCAUAAAGAUAUCGGAUCUGUUUUAACUGGAAAGACCACUUCAUCCUCAAACACGGCCAAUGUUAGUCGCAGGACGACGGUCGGAGCUCGCCCAAGCUACGUUAGGAAUGACAGCAGCUACGACGAUAAUCCUUCUAAAUUGCUUCAGUUAAUUCGCGACGCUGACCAAGGAAACAAUUGGUGUGCUGACUGCGGCUCAGCGUCAAAGGUGGAAUGGGUGUCCAUCAAUCUUGGUAUUGUUCUUUGCAUCGAGUGCAGUGGCAUUCACAGGUCCCUCGGAACUCAUAUUUCCAAGAUUCGAUCCCUUACAUUAGAUAUCCAUUCCUUUUCCAACGACAUUGUGGAGAUAUUGUUGCAAGUUGGGAAUAGGGUUAGUAAUAUGGUGUGGGAGGCGCUCCUGGACCCAACUUUGAAACCGACACAGCAGUCUACUCGGGAUCAACGGCUUAAGUUCAUCACGGCAAAGUAUAGUGAAAGAGCCUUCAUACGCCCGUUGUCACCGACGCUCUCGCGCUAUGGAACAGCAGACGAAACGCUCCUUGCAUCUAUCAAACAGAACGACAUCCAGGGUGUUCUUUAUGGGGUUGCCUUGCGUGCGAAUCUCAACGUACCUGAUCGAUCUCGAAAUACACAUGCAGUGUUCUUAGCUUUAGCAGCGGCAGACCCAGCAUCCCCUUCACACUCCAUGACAGGUCUGUCUGCUCAGUGCCACUCUCCUAAACCCUCAGCCGGAAUCAAAGCAAUUCCAUUUCCAAUCGCGGAGCUUUUGGUUCAAAACGGAGCCGAAAUUCCUCUAGAAAUGCCAGCAAUUCCAUUAUCACCCGCUGCCCAGCUGUACAUCAAUCAGCGAACCGGUCGAGUUGUUGGCAGUGGUACUGGGCCUGUGACUACCAGUGGAGGCGAUACACUAGGGGCAUUGCCGACUAUCCACGGCUCUGGUGCGGCAAUCAAUCCCCCCAUAUCCCCAUCCCCUGCUGAAAUGAACAGCAAGGAGCGGGAGAAGUUGCAUAAACGUGGAAGUGCGGGGGCUCGGUUUGCAGGCAAAGUCGCAUCUUUCGGGUCCUAA